AUGGCUUACACUGCCCAGGUACGGAGUAACGUUGAGUGCUACAGAAAAGACCUCCAGUUUCUGACGCCGUUCUCUACAUCGAUCUCCGAGACCAUCGUAAUGGGAAGGGGAAACAAGUCGCGCCCCCGCGGCAAACAAGAUACGCCACGAGACUCUGCGUACUAUAAAUCGCUCUAUGCCGACGAUCUAACCCCAGCAUUGCGACCUAUCACAGACGCAACCGAGAGAGGAGUUGGCUAUAUGUGGAAGAAGUGGACAAAAUACUGUUCGCUCCGAGUCCUUGACCCCGAUGCUCUUGCCCGCCUGCGAAACAUCAGCGUAGCCGAGAUCCGGCGAUUCAUGCACUGGUAUCUGGACAACCAUGCUAUGACGAAGCUGAAUUCCUUCUAUGUGCUGAUGCGUUACUGGCGGAUGAUGUACGCUCGGAAGAUAUACCAAAGCCUAGACCUUGUCAUCGCUUCGGAUAUGAAAGACUUCAUCGGCACCGUCCUUAAGAGCGAGUACAGUUUGAGUGAGGGUAUGAAAGAGAAGCCUGUCAUGAACGUAGACGAUGUAUACUUACUCCUAUACCACCACUACGCGCUAUCGAACGAAUACUACGCACACGAGCGGGAGCGGGUUCAGCACAGUUUGAUUAUUCUCUUCAUGAUCGGCACCUCUGCAAGGCCGUCGACUCUCGUCGAAGGGGGCGGCUACUACAACACAAACGAAGGCCUCAAGUACAACGAUAUUGAGAUAUUCAAGAUCAAGCAACGAAAGGACUUGUAUACAUUUUCUGUCCCACCUCACCUGAAAAGUGUGCAGCUUCAUUGGAAAGAGUCAAUGCAGGACAUUCCGAUUUUCCGGCGAUCUGUUUUUCGCGGCGGACAGGUGACCGUAUCACCGAAUAAAUCGGUUCAGUACAUGGAUCUCUAUUACCAGAACGCGCGACUCGGUAAAUCUGCUGGUUUUGCAGAUUCUCUCGGGCUAUACAGCUAUCGUAGAGGCGCCGGUGAAGCGAUUGAUUGCGUAGCUGGUUCAGAUAUGCGGAGCUUUGUGAUGGGCCAUGCUCGUGCAAGUCUCUUUGAGCGCUAUUAUCGUAAUAGUGUUGUCCAGCUCGAUUCGGUAUCCGCGUUCCUCGAAGUGCCUUCGAACGACGCGCUGAUCAAACUGGCUGGGCAUAUGAGCUUAACCCGGGAUCCCUCUGCGGCCGACUCUAUCAAUGUCGAGCAUUCUGCGGUUGACAGCGACCCUGGUAUCCAAGAAACCGAAAAGACGUGCCUCCGGCUUCGGAAAGACCUCAUUGAAACUUUUGGGAAGAUCAAGAACGGAACGGGCACGGAGCUCUACGAUACGUACCGGCGCGAGCGAAGCCAUUUACGCAGCGAGAGGAUGAAGGUGAAACGGGCGCUCGAGGAAGAAGCCCGGCGACAGUAUUUCCGGACCGCCGGGACUAGGUAUAUCGAUGAACAGCGACGCGACAUCGCGCAUGAAUAUAUCGAGUCGAAGCCUAUAUUCCAAUUCGGGGAACGGGAAAGGCUGGCAGCGCUCCUCUUCCAGAAUCGAGAUGUUCGGCAAGUAUCUGAGGAAGUGAUUUACGGGCAGCGCAUUGCAGCGAUGGAUAACCUAAUCAGCCUAUGCGGUCGGCAUUUGCCCCGCCCUGCGCCCCGUCGACAUCUUUCGUUGCGAGAUAAAUCUCUAGAAGAAAUACCGGAGGAGGAUGAGAAAGAUUUUAACCCCGACCUCUUUCCUUUGGUGUGUCCGGGCACCCACUGCCUGUUCUGUCUCGGCAAUCAGAGCCUAGGGCCACAGUCUAGAACCUUCGCGUUUGCUCGAAAGGAUGCUCUAAAGAAUCACGUUGAGAAGCAUUUACGCCACCAAGACUGGUCGAAAGAGCCGGAAUGCCCUCACCCGCUCUGCGAAGAGACUUUGAGCACUGAUAUGCACUUCAAGAACCAUGCGGCACGGGUUCACAACAUUUUCUUGUAG